AUGUUCUCCGAAUUGAAGCGCUUUCCGGUUUUAGUCCUCUACACUUGCGCUCUUUUCUUCUCCGUCCCACUUUCAUUGUUCGUUUGGUUCGUUCGUCGUGAGCUUAUCAAAGAAACUUCUGUUGCUGGAGAAGCAGAGGUAAGAAUGAAAAAUCUGUAUGAUUUUUUCAUUAUAAUAAUAUUUUCUAGCUCCUCGGUGGUCUUAAAGACAGAAAGAAGCUCCUUUCGCAAUCCGAUUCAUCUUCGUGUCCAGAUGUCCAGCUCCGUAUUGAAUAAUAAUUCAUUGACCAACACCACCAGAAAGGUAGGUAAUAUCCCAUUCUGCUUUCUCGAAAUCAAAAGAAAAAAAAACACUUUCAUCUAUUUUCGCCAUCUUCUAUGUUCUAAAUUGCAUGCACUCUGAUUCUAAUCAGCAAAAAUGAAAAACAAUUCAAAUUCACUUUCAUUUUCAGAUGCACGUCGUAAUUGUUCAUCCAGAACAAUGGAACGGUGGUUCCGAUCGGUGUACAGUUGCGUUGAUUCGACAUUUUGUAUCACAAGGUCAUCGAGUUACGUGGCUCACAACAAUGAUUGAUGAAUAUUGGAAAGAUCAUGAAUUCGAAGGUGUUGAAAUCCGUGAAGUUGGACUGAAACUUCAUCCAGGAGAUUGGUGGAGUCAAAAUGUUGCAUUGGGUUGGCAUAUGGUUUUCAGUAAUUUGAAUCCCGAUGUUGCAAUCAUUGAUCAUUCAGCAAGUUGUGUGCCAAUGAUAAAAUGGCGUUUCCCAGAAUGCAAAAUCUUGUUUUAUUGUCAUUUUCCACAACAAUUAGUUACACCAUCAAGAUUGUUUUUGUAUAGAUGGUAUGCAAAAUUGAUUGGUUUGGUUGAAGAAGAACUUUUUGGACAUAUUGAUCAAAUUUUUGUCAAUAGUCAUUUCACAGCAAGUCAAUUUAUUAAAGUUAUGCCAAAUAUUGAGAAAAACAAAGUUCGAGUAGUUUAUCCACCGUGCGAUAUUGACGCAAUUGUCACAUCGGUUAGCUAUUUUCAAUUUUUAGAGUCGAAUUCAAAAAUAACAAUUUCAGAGUGAUAUGCCUGUCAGUCGUCAAAAACGUGCUCAAAAUGCCGUUUACACAUUUUUAUCUAUGAACAGAUUUUGGCCUGAAAAACGUCUUGAUAUCAUAUUGGAAGCGGCUGCAAUUCUGAAGCGAAAAGGUUAUCCACUUCAUGUUCAACUCGCGGGUUCUGUUAUGCCACAUAUACCAGAAAGUCGAAUUUAUUAUGAGCUUUUGCAAAAAAUGACUGAAGUAAGUUUAUUGAUAUCGAGAAAAGUUGAAAUUUUGGAAUUUUUAGGAUCUCGAUGUUACUGAUGUUGUCACUUUCAUUCCAUCGCCAACUGAUAAGGCAAAAUUCCAAUUGUAUAAACAGUGUGAUUCUGCACUUUAUACACCACCAAAUGAACAUUUUGGAAUUGUGCCAAUUGAAGCUUUAGAUCAAAGAAGACCAGUUAUUGUUUGUGAUAGUGGUGGUCCAGCUGAAACUGUUUUAGAAAAUAUUACUGGCACAAAGGUGAGAUUAUGUUCGAUUUCCCUUUUUCACUUUUUAAAUGUUCGCUGACCUAAAAAGAAACUGUUUUCCUCUUUUGCGUCGAGGAAAAAACUGGAUUGCACCAAAAAGAUAGAAAGUUUCAUUCUCAAAAAGAUGUCGAUUACAGAUUGCCAAACCAUGCGGCGAAUUGUUGGCCGAGGCUAUGCUUCAUCAUAUGAACAAACUCGAAUGGCCCGAACUGGAUACUGACGAAGGAUAUGCAAAACAGGUUUGUACAGAUUUACAUCUUUUUCCCUUCCCUUCCGAAUUUUUUUCAAGAUUUGAAUCUUGAAUCGAAUUCUUAAUAAUAUUUUCAAGGGUUUAUUGAUCUUUGAAAACAACUUUGCAAAAAAUAAAUGAAAGUUGUUCAGCAAAAGAACAAUAAUUAAAUUUCAGAGAAGACGCCUGGAAGCUGAGUUUUCAACUCGUGGUUUCUGUGGUAACAUUGAUCGCGCAAUCGCUGAAAUGUUUGGUGAUUUGGAAAUUCAACCAUCAAGUUCUCCAGUUGUCACUCAACCUACACCAAUGGCUGCAAUUCCAACACCAACCCAAACUGAAAUUUAUAUGAAACCCCAAAACAUGGCUACAAACGGUAGACGUAGAGUUGGAUAG